UUCAAGCAGAAAAUUCAAUUCCAUGUAUCGUUUUAUUCUAUUUCUAUCCACAUCACUUGCAAGCUAUGAUUCUGAGAAAAUAUUGUUUUGCAGAAACCUAGAGUGCUUAUAUACAGGUAAACGGGUCUGUGGGGUAAGGGAGGAAGGUGAUGGUUUCCGAUUAAAGAUCUUUGAAGACGAGUGCCGCUUACUACGUUAUGGAUGUAAUGUUACCGAGGACCAAGCAUAUGGAGUUAUUAAUAUGGAAUAUUGUUCAAAUCCAUUACCAAAUAACUCGCUGAACGAAUUGCAUAUAAAACAAUUAAAUGACGACAAUUUAAAAUGUGAUGUAAAUUUAAUAUGCAAUAAUACAGAAAUUUGCGCCAUUGCGGAAGAAGGAGAAGGAUACAGAGUAAAAAGAUUUCCAAAUAGAUGCGAGCUGCAUAAACACAACUGCAAAACAAAUGAAAAAUAUACAGAGACCGAACCAUUCAUUUGUGAAUCCGCACUUAGUAUGGAUAAACAAAUUAGAGAUAUUAAUAAUAGAGAGAUCCAAAUUAAUGAUAUAAAGAACUUAGUUAUAAUCAAUGGUGGUAUGUUAGGUACAGAUAAUGUCAAUGAAAGUAUAGAUAGCUUCUUCGCUGCUACCCAUGUAUUUGAUUUGCCAGUGAAAGAAAUGGAUCCGUAUAAUACAAGGAGACGUUUAAUAAAGAACGCUGGUCCAGUGAAAAUCUUCGUACCAUUGAUUGUGAUACCGAAAGAGAAGAAAAAUGAUACUUCCCAUCGCCCAACACUUUCUACGUGUUAUCAUACGUGUCCUACUAAAUGUCCAGACACCUAUGCUCCCGUGUGUGGUGUAGCCGGCAUCAUGGCGAGGGAACCAGCCCUGAUGUUCAAAAACCACUGUUUCAUGGAUGUCGCGCAGUGCAAGAUGUUUUGGGAGAACAAAAGUAGUACUUCACAUAGCUCUUGCAUCCCUAUAUUAAGGAGGACAUAUUGGUAUCUGGAAAAGUACCCGAGUGUUUUUACACCUACAACAAACAAACAUAGAAAUGUUAACUUAAUAAAUGAACUUAAUUACGGCAAGUAGAAAGAUCUGUCCUACAGAAAAAAAAUUACACGAUUUUCAAAACUAUUUUUUUACAAAACCCGACGGCCUGUAAUAAAAUUUACCUUAGCGUGCCAGCAGCAUGCCUCAUAUAACGCUCGGCUGUCCUACCAUUUAUUUAACAAUAUAAGGAUAAUAUCGACAUUUAUUAAGAAUUUUAU